AAAUGUUAUCGUUGGUCGAUAACAAUUAAUGUGAUCGAUUAUUGAGUAGGGUGACCAGACGUCCCCGUUUUCCGGGGACACUCCCGGUUUUUCGUGUUGUGUCCCCGACUGGAGCUGUCCCCGUAAAAUGUCCCCGUUUUACAGCUCGUUUCAAACAACCCGCAAAUACAUAGCAAAAAAUCCCGCAGCAGCCUGUUAUCAGAGCAAUCGUGUAGUGAUUAUUUUCACCAACAGAGGGCGCUCUGCAGCUACACUACUACACUUGGUCGCGCGCGCGCCGCUACUUCAUGAAGAACGUAACCUGGAUCAGAGCAGAGCGUCAUUAUUAUCAAUUAUAAAAAAAACAUCGUUAACGGUUUCAAGGUAGUAGUAACAUACUAACUAUUCAUGUUACAGUAAAGUAAUACUGUUUGUAUGUGUUUUAUAACAGGGCCUCAACAGGGUGAGGGAUUGUUUUGCUCAAUUUUAAACGUCCCUAGAAGUUCCGCAGUCACAUCGCAUCAUUUCCACACACACACACACACACACGUCUUAACUAUAUCACGUGAAGGUAGACUCAGAUAUGAAUAUAUAAAAUAAUAAUAAUAAUAAUAAAUACACUACACUUGGAACUUUGUGCUUAAAAUGUGUCUAAAAUGCAAAAUAAUAGUUAAAAAUAGUUAAAAGUAAAAAAAAAAAAAAAAAGGUUGUAUAGAGCCUAGAGUAUAAACAGCUUGUGAAAAUGAAAACAUUAAAUUCAAUAAUAAAUGUUAAAAAUAUUAAAUGCCGUUUUAUUUAUCUUAUCUUUUUAUAUUUAUGUUGUUUUAUUUUUUGUAAAGUGCUUUUGUAAAGUUAUACUUUUGUUAUAACAUAAUAGGCAUAUUGUUUUAACCUGCUUUUGCAAUGGUUAGGCCUACUAUUAAUAGUGUAAUAGUUCUGGUGAAUUGUAUUAAAACCAGACCAAAAAUCCUAAUAAUAAAACUAAACCAUAAUAAUUAUUAAUGUAGCCUAAUAAUAAUAGGCCUAAUAAUAAUAAAUAUUCAAAAAUGUAUUGUCCCCGUUUUUUAAAUUAUUAGAUAAUAACAAAUGAGAUUUCUGCGAUAUUUGGCCACUCAAAUAGGAAAUGUCCCCGGUUUCCAUUUAAAAAAUCUGGUCACCUUAUUAUUGAGGCAUUAUUAAGGAGUUCUGGGUGAAAAAAAAAAAAAAAAGCUCAAGAGACGACGUAAUGACGUGAACCGCACGAGACUAGCAUCACCUUGGUUACCAGCUACAUUCAUCAAACUAUAAACUAAUGUGAGUCGAAGCAAGGAGAAGUAGGCUAUAAUCAAAUUAUCAGUAAGUCUCCUCCCCUUUCGCGGUAUGUAGCCUAGUUUUUUCAAAUACAAACAGACAUAGGCCUAGAGAAUGUCCUAAAAUGGUAAUGGUAACGGUUAGCUAUAAUGUAUGCAAAAUGAUACAAAAUACGGCCUGUUAUAAACAAAUCAAUAUCUUGCUCUGUUCAUUUUUAAGUAAAACUAAAAUGAUGUUAGAAUAUUAAAAUAUAAUAGGCGUAUUAUAAUUAAAAUAUAUAUUACAUUUUAACUCGUUUUAAUGUAAAAAGAAGUUUACCAUAUUUACUUCUAUUGAAAUUAGCAUGAAAGUAUAUGUGGAGUGCCAUUCUUUGACGAGUGCAACAGCUUUGUUGUGUUGUGUUGAUGCCACUAAAUUUAAAUUUUUAUACAUUUCUAAUAGUAAAUUGCAUUGGGUUGCUACUCUAAAAAGCCUACAUUUGAGAUAACUAGAUUAUCCUUUUCAGGCAUCACACACAAAAGAAAAGAAGCUGUUUAGUGUUGCAUAACUGACAGGUUGAAGGAGAAAGUGAAAAGCUUUACGUAGACCAGAUAAAGGAGACACAGCAGAACUCAUAAUGUGACGGACAUCAUGGAGAAGUGCAGAUUUUCAGAUGGUAGUGUACCAUGUGGGUUCAAUUCUGACCCUGACAUGCAAGCAAGUAAAGGUGGAGGAAGAGACCAUUCCAACGUUAUGGACAGCAAGUCUAAAGCAACCACAGAUCUUAAAGACACUGUGCGGAAACUGAGCAAUACAAUGGCGCCUCUUGAGGAGGACAACUUAAUACUGAAUAAGAAGGAAAAUAAAGGCAUGAAACACGAAGCAAGCUGCCAUGACUACAGCCUUGCAGCUAAGCCAACUCGUCAAUGUCCAUUUGAGGUUUAUUUACAAAAGUGCACACAAUUAGAGAAGGAAAACCUAGAGGUUAAGAAGAAGCUUAAAAAGACAGAGAAGUAUUCCAAGGAAUGCACAACAGAGCUGCAGAGAUUUGUGAAGAGGUUUAAAGAGUUUAAAAACAUAAACAAAGACCUGGACUCGAAGAACAAACACCUUCUCAUUAAAAACCAGCAAAUGAGGCAAAGAAUUACAGAGGUCUUAAAGCAGAACAGACCUCAGUCCACCGAUCUGAGAGUCACCAAAUGCUGUGACCACCACUGUCAGGAGAAGCAGCAACUAAGAGAAACAGUUGUACUCCAAGAGGGACUAAAGAACUUAACAGAACCAGUCGAAUCUCAAAGAUUGAAACAGGAUUCUGAAAUUAUCAAAGAGAGGAAGAUUGUAACUCAGCUACAACAGGAAAACCAAAAUCUAAGAGAGAGACUGGACCACAACUGUCAGGUCAUAAAAGAUGCUGAAAGUAGAGCUGAGAGAGUUCAGCAGGAGCUGGAUGAGCUUGAGUGUUGUCUGCUCACUGUACAGACUGAAAGAAAUCUACUGCGACAGGAAGUAAAGAGGCUCCAUAAGGAAUAUAUCAGUCUUACUAACAGCAUCUCACUGCAGCUGAAAGGAGAGAACAAAGCUGCCGGUCUCAGGGGGUUUACAGGGAAACACCCUGAGAGCAAUGCUUUACAGUCCACCAUGGCAAAGUUUACCAGUUUAGGAUCCUGAGGAGACACAACAUGACAGAUAAAGGUGCAAUUUGAAGACAGAACCAAGGAGAAUGAGGAAAUGCAAAAGUGUUUAUAUAAUAUAGUAUUUCCUUAUUUUUUGAUAUUUUAAAUUGUAUUAUAUUCUUAUUUAAUUGUAUUAUUAUUAUUAUUAUUAUUAUUCAUUCUAAAAUGAAUCUCUACUGGUGAAAAGUUAAUUAACAAUAUUCUGUCAUUAAAUAUGCUGUUUGUUUUUGCCAUUUUCCCUCUCUCUCCCCCACAAAUUCUAUCACAAAGUCUUUAUUGUUAUUGUUACAGGCUAAAAAUAAAAAUAAAAAUUCUUUAAAAAAAAUCU